CGGAGGGUGGGAGGCCCUGGGGGCGGGAGGGCUGGAAGGGCCCAAGAGGCACCGCCGCUUUCGCUUUCGCUCUCCAAGACGCGGCUAAAGCAGGCGGCGGUUCCUCCAUCCCGCCGGGCCCGGCAGCAGAUUAUCAUAUGUGGAAAUCAACAUAAGCAAGGCAAGAAUGGUAGCCUUAUUUUCUACUCUGCCAUUUGCAGAUAAAUCCUCUGUCAUGAUGAUGAUGAUGACGAUAGGUGUUUUAAAUGUUGCAGUUUCUGUGAAUAAUGACCACAAUAGCAAGAACAGGGAGACAGCUGAUGUAGUGUCUGGCAAUGGAAGCAAACAGUUUCCUUGGGAUAAAAUGAGGCUUCCCAAGCAUGUCAUCCCAGUGCAUUAUGAUCUUCUCCUCCAUCCUAAUCUUACCACUCUAACUUUUACUGGAUUUGCCAGAAUAGAGAUUACAGUAAACCAACAAACUAGUUCAGUCAUCCUGCACAGCAAACACCUGCAAAUUACCAGGGCUACCAUCCAAAGGAGAAUGAAAAAUGAUCACACUGAAAAAGAAGUGAUGGUUUUGGAAUACCCACCAUUUGAGCAGAUUGCCCUCCUAGCAGCUUUUCCACUGCAUGUUGGACAAAACUACACUGUUAGCAUUGAAUAUUCUGCAAAUCUGUCGGAGAGUUUCCACGGCUUUUAUAAAAGCACCUAUAGAACUCAGGAAGGAGAAGUGAGGGUACUUGCGUCAACACAGUUUGAGCCAACAGCUGCUCGCAUGGCUUUCCCAUGUUUUGAUGAACCAUCCUUCAAAGCCAGAUUUUCCAUUAAGAUUAGGAGAGAACCAAAGCACCUCGCACUAUCUAAUAUGCCAAUAGUGAAAACUGUGAAUGUUGCAAAUUGGCUAGUUGAAGACCAUUUUGAUGUUAGUGUAAAGAUGAGCACUUAUCUAGUGGCCUUUAUUGUUUCGGAUUUUAAAUCAGUCAGCAAGAUGACGACCAGUGGAAUUAAGAUAUCUGUAUAUACUGUACCAGACAAGAUCAACCAAGCUGAUUAUGCCUUGGAUGCAGCAGUGAAACUUUUAGACUUCUAUGAGAAUUACUUCAGCAUUCCAUAUCCCUUACCCAAAGAGGAUCUAGCUGCUAUUCCUGAUUUUCAGUCUGGAGCUAUGGAAAACUGACUGACCACAUAUAGGGAAUCUUCUUUGCUAUAUGACCCUGAAAAGUCCUCGGCAUCAGCUAAACUUUGGAUUACUAUGAUAAGCCAUGAGCUGGCUCAUCAGUGGUUCGGAAACCUAGUUACCAUGGAAUGGUGGAAUGAUCUUUGGCUAAAUGAAGGAUUUGCAAAGUUUAUGGAGUAUGUAUCAGUCAGUAUUACUCAUCAAGAUCUGAAAGUUGAAGAUUAUUUUUUAGGCAAGUGUUUUGAUGCCAUGGAGGUGGAUGCAUUAAAUUCCUCACAUCCUGUGUCUACUCCUGUGGAAGAUCCAGCUCAAAUUCAAGAAAUGUUCGAUGAUGUUUCCUAUGAAAAGGGAGCUUGUAUUCUAAAUAUGUUAAGAGAUUACUUGAAUGCAGAUGUGUUUAAAGCUGGUCUUGUACAAUAUCUGCGGAAGUACAGCUAUCAGAAUACAAAAAAUGAAGAUCUAUGGAACAGUCUGGCACAUACUUGUCCUGUGGGUGAUACCCAGGAAGGCCAACUACAAGGUGAUGGCUUUUGCACCAGAAACCAACAAACAUCUUCAAGUGCACACUGGACCAGGAGAGAGAUUCUUGAUGUGACAACAAUGAUGAACACUUGGACAUUACAAAAGGGUUUUCCACUAGUAACUGCCACAGUAAAAGGAAAGAAUGUCCAUCUGCAGCAAGAGCACUAUAUGAAGGGAUCAGAUUCUUCUCCAUCAACAGGGUACUUGUGGCAUGUUCCAUUAACGUACAUUACUAGUAAAUCUGACACUGUGCAAAGAUUUUUGCUGACAACUAAAACAGAUGUCCUCAUCCUCCCAGAAGAGGUUGAAUGGAUAAAAUUCAAUGUGGGAAUGAAUGGUUAUUACAUUGUGCACUAUGAAGAUGAUGGAUGGGAUGCUCUGAUUAGCCUUUUAAAAGAAAACCAUACAGCAAUUAGCAGCAAUGAUAGAGCAAGUCUCAUUAACAAUGUAUUCCAACUUGUAAGUAUUGGAAAACUAUCAAUUUCUAAAGCUCUUGAUUUAUCUUUGUAUUUGAAACUUGAAUCCCAAAUUAUGCCUGUAUUCCAAGGUAUGAAUGAGCUGAUUCCUAUGUACAAGCUCAUGGAGAAAAGGGACAUGGAUGAUGUAGAAAAUCAGUUAAAGGGGUACAUAGUAAAUCUGUUUAAAGACCUAAUUGACAAACAGUCCUGGAAUGAUGAGGGCUCAGUGUCUGAAAGAAUGCUUCGCAGUUCCCUACUCCUGUUUGCGUGUGCACGCAAGUACCAACCGUGUGUGGAAAAAGCAGAAGAAUAUUUUAUGAAAUGGAAGGAAUCCAAUGGAACUUUACGUUUGCCCAAUGAUGUUAAAACUGCAAUAUAUGCUGUUGGAGCCCAGACAAUCGAAGGUUGGGACUUCCUUUUUAGUAAAUACAGGCUGCCUUCGUUCAACACUGAGAGAAAUCAGAUUGAAGUUGCUCUCAGUAUUAGCAGAAAUAAGGACAAACUUCAGUGGAUAAUGGAUCAAAGUUUGUUUGAUGAUGUAGUAAAAACUCAGGAUCUUCCACAUAUUAUUGUGUAUGUCGCUAAAAACCCAUCUGGCUAUCAUCUAGCAUGGACAUUUUUGAAGGAAAACUGGAAUAAACUUGUACAAAAGUUUGAACUUGGCUCACCUUCUAUAGCCCAGAUGGUAAUCGGAGUGACAAAUCAAUAUUCUACAAGGGAACAGCUUGCUGAGGUGAAAGAAUUCUUCAAUUCACUGGAGGAAAAAAGUUCACAGCUCCGCUGUGUCCAACAAGCUGUAGAAACCAUCGAAGAAAAUAUACGAUGGAUGGACAUUAACUUUGAAAAAAUCAAAAUAUGGUUACAAAAUAACAUGUGAAGGAUUUAUUAUUGCAUCUGGCUUUGAAUAUUUGAAUGUAAAUUACAAAACAAAGUGAACAUUUCAAAAAAUCUGAAGCUUUUUUGUUGUUUUUGGGUGAGGAGAUUUACUUAAAGAGGUGAUGUAUGGGCCCCAUUCUGUUCCUUUGUAUGAGAUUGGCUAUCGAUUUCAACAGGAGCAAGAUAGGGCUCUAUAUGCACACAGUCAAUCCAAUAAUAAAUCAUCAUCUGCAAUUUUUGGCCUGUGUAAACUGGGGAUUUUGAAUUCUAAAAAAUGGAUUUACUAUUCUAUUUUAAGGAAAAACUAAUUGUGAAAUGACAGAAAAUGGAUGAGUAUACAACUGAACUAUAAAUGGAACACUCCACAUAUGAGAUGGCAUAGAAGUUUGUAUCCCCUUGCCAAACACUAGGUACAACUAGUAAUUUCUGCUCAGGGUAGCCCAGCACUGGCAUAUUUAUAGGUAUACUAGUUUAACAUGGAGAUGAUUUAGCUACUUUUUACCUGUAUUUUGUGAAUGUGCAGUCAGUCCAUCAAAAUAGUUUAUGUAGGACACCAGGAGGAAUUUAAUCCUUUCCUAUAUCAAGGUGUACAGUACUAGAGUAUAUAUUGCAACUACAAUUAAGAUUAAUACACUUCAAAAGUAGAAGUGAUAAGAAGUGCAGUUAAAUAACUUUUUUCCAAUACCUUCUCUUUUUAUAAUUAUAUUGCUAUUGCUUCAUGAGAGCAUUUUUUUAUUAUGCCUUAUUUGACUGUGGAAAGUGAAUUGCUCUCUUACCUUUAUAUUAAAUCUUAUACUCCUUUUUAAUAUAGAAUUACUUUAGAGUAAUAAUGAAAGUGAAUCUGAAAGUAAUAAUGAGUGAAUCUGAAAGUUUUAACAGGAUCAGAGAUAUUUAAUAUUUUAGAUCAGUAUAAUUAGUAACUUUCUGGUAGGGUCAGGGUGAUUUCAGUAUUUGCUGUUAAUUAGCUCUUUUAACUAACGAAAGUGCACUUUUAAAAAAUAAAUGUCCUUUUCAGAAGAUUAA